AUAUCAUUCGUAGAAUUUUUAAUAGGCAUAUUCAAUUAUAUAUAUAGAAGAAAUUUUUAUGAUCAUGCACAAUUUAGUUCUUAGCUAAACAGAAAGGUUUUUAAAAAUGAAGGUUUUAGUUGUUUUUGCUGCUCUCUUAGCCAUCGCCUAUUCUCAGGGUGAUGAAAGUCCAAAGCCAUAUUCCUUCAGUUACAUUGCAACAGGUGACGAAGGCAGCAGCAGUCAUUCUGAAACAGCAGAUGGAUCCGGAACAGUUCGUGGAUCUUAUUCACUCAGCGACGCAGACGGUCGCAAUCGUGUUGUAGAAUAUGUCGCUGGAAUCGAUGGCUUUGUUGCUAACAUCAGAACAAACGAACCAGGAACAGAUAACGCUGCACCCGCUGAUGUUACUAUUGAAUCCACCGCUGAUGGAGCCAAGGCUUAUGCUGCCGUUGUCAAACCUGAACCCAGACCUCAACGUGUUCGAUACGUCCUUGUUCCUGCAACAGAUUAAUAACGGCAAUCUUAGAAUAAAGGAUCUGAAUAUUUUCAAGAGCUUUUUAUGAAAAAAAAUCAUUAUUUUUAAAUGUUUUUGGUUGAUUUCGAAUUUCUUAAAGAACUAUUAUAUAUUUGUGACUAAGUAUAAAAUAGUUCUUUACAAUCUCUUGCCUAGAAUCUGGAAUUUUUCUGCUUUUCAUUUAACAACUAUCAUUGUUUCUUUGUGAUUUUGAAUUGUCUUUGGGAAUAGGGUGAUUAGAAAUCUUUGUUUCAAUUUUUGAAGCUUUCAAGUUGGAAAAGGUGCAUCUUUUUAUCCAUAAAAAUCUUCCAUAACAUAUUUUGUUGUCAAAUUUGAGUUCCUGUUUGUGUCUUUGUUACUUUUCGGAAUAAUAAAAUUAUAUCUAUUAUUUUACUAGAA